UAUUGUCAGGAGAUAAAAAAUAUCGCUGAUAGUUUUCAAGAGUCUCAUCUUAUCAUUUCGGAUCUAUUAGGGGAUGGUGUCGACGACACUGAGAACGAAAUUGAGGAACGAUUCGACGAAGCGUAUUUUAACGUAGUUGCCAUACAGCGUAAAUUUUUACCGUGUUCGUCUCAACCACCGGAUAUUUCGAGACAGGACAUUACAACCGGGUCGCAUAGUAGUAAUAUGCGACUUCCAAAAAUUUCGCUACCGACCUUUUCGGGUACCAUUAAGGAGUGGCCCGAGUUCAUCGCGACUUACAAUGCGCUUAUUCACGAAUCGACCCUUUUGAGUGAGAUUGAGAAGUUUCAUUAUUUAGUGUCCGUUUUACGCAGUGACGCGUUAUCGUUAAUUAGAACGUUUCCUGUUGCAAGUGAACAUUAUUUAAGUGCAUACAAUGCUCUUAAGUCCCGGUACGAGGACAAACGCGACUUAGCUUUUACGUGUUGGCGUGACAUUUUGGAUGUCAGUUUUAAAACGGCUAGCGCUCAAGAUUUCCGACACGCGCUCGAUACAAUCGAUGAAAAUCUAACUAUUUUAAAACAGUUGAAGUUACCGACCGAACAUUGGGACUUUGUCCUUUGUUAUAAUAUUCUGGCCAAGUUAGAUACAAAGCUACGACGCGAGUUUGAGGAAAAACACGCCAACGUGGAGAUGCCUCAGUACAAGCAAAUAAGGGCGUUUUUACACGCGAAAAGCGAAGCUUUGUUGCGCGAUACGCACUUUACCGCCGUUACUUCUAAAAACGCGAAUACUUCUAAAGAGGCAACGGGCACCAUACAGAAACCGAAGCGACAUAACGUCACACUUCUCUCUUCUACCGUGGACCCCCUUCCAAAGGGUGGUGACAAACGAGAGGUGAAACCGAAAGUUUCGGGAACUCCGAAGGUUGUCAGAAAAUGUUCCUUCUGUGGUGAAGAGCACCACAUCUCAGCCUGUAAGGCCUUUCUAGCUAAAUCGGUGGAUGAACGAAUGGCUGUUACCACAGAGAGGAAAUGGUGCUACAACUGUCUUAACGCGUCUCAUUCAGUGCGACAAUGCACAUCGAUAUUCUCUUGUCAGAAAUGUCGCCGGAAGCACCACACUCUGUUACACCGAGAGCAAGCUGCCAGCAGUCCCGAACCUUCUGGUGAAAAAUCAAGCUCGGUCGUCUUACUCGCUAAAGAACCGUUGACUCCGUCCGAUUCGCCUUCGAAUACGACCGUUCUACUGGCAACCGCGCUUUUUCAACUUCGUGAUGCUUCAGGCGAGUUUCAGACGUUCCGGGCGUUAUUCGACACCGGAAGUCAAAAUAACCUUCUCACGACACACGCGGCACAACGGCUAAAGUUGAAGCCUACACCGACUAGUGAGGGGCCAUGCGGGCUAGGGGGUGCACCCGCAACAGUGACUGGCAAGGUCACAUGUGAUGUAGGUGCCGAGGACACCGUACAUUUUCGUCUGAAAAUGUUCGUUUCACCGCACAUUUGUGACGAACAGCCAAUAGGAAGACUCCAUACGAAUGGAUGGGAUGAACUCAAAACAUUACCGUUAGCUGAUCCUGGUUUUGAUAUUCCUGGUCCAAUUGAUGUCUUGUUCGCUGCCAAUGUCUUUUCUGAGUCACUUCUCGACCAACGUUUGAAACGCUGCGUCAAUAAACCGCGUGCUCUCAAUUCUGUCUUCGGAUGGCUGAUUGUCGGAAGGAUCCGACUUGCAUCGUCGUCUUUAUUAAGUGUACCGUCACCUAGUAAGGAUGAGAGCUUAAACAAUAUCGUUCAACGCUUCUGGGAAAUCGAUACCGUUCCACAGUCUUCCCGAUUAACCCCAGAUGAACAACUCUGUGAAAAUAGUUUCACCAACGAGCAUUACCGUGACGAGACUGGUAGGUACGUAGUCUGUCUUCCCUUCAAAAAUAACGCUGAGCCGGUGUUUGAAGGCUCUCGGGAGAUAGCAUUACGACGCUUCCAUGCUAUCGAAAAGCGCCUUUCUCGUGACCCAGACUUGAAACAACAAUAUGUUGAGUUCAUGACCGACUACAUCGAAAGGGGUCACAUGUCAUUGGUGCCUGCUAAGCACAUGGGUCAAGGCAAGUAUUAUGUGCCGCAUCAUUGCAUUUUGCGCCCUGAGAGCGCCACAACGAAGCUUCGCGUUGUUUUCGACGCGUCAGCUAGAGAUGCGCAGUCCAAAUCGCUUAACGACUCGCUAUUGACAGGCCCAAAGUUACAAUCCAACAUUGCGGAGAUCCUUCUUCACUAUCGGGAGCACGAAGUGGUCUUUAUGGCCGACGUGCGCCAAAUGUACCGUCAAAUUAACGUUGCUCCGCAUCACCGGGAUUACCAGCGUAUUCUCUGGCGAGCUCACCCAGAUGAGCCUCUUCAGGAAUACGUAUUGAACACCGUAACGUACGGGGUCUCCUCGGCUCCGUUUCUUGCUUGCCGAACGAUCCAGCAAUUGGCCAACGAUGAAGGUCAUAAGUACCCGAAGGCCAAAACCGUUCUAACUUCCGAUAUUUACGUCGAUGACGUCGUUACCGGAAGUUCUUCGCUGGAUGACGCUUGUGACAUCAAGUCACAAAUUAUCGCACUUUUCAAGCUCGGCGCUUUUGAGCUACGAAAAUGGGUAAGCAAUCGACUCGAACUUCUAAGGGAUUUGCCCUCAGAAAUGUGUCUUUCGGACGCCAUCGCAUUUACCGAGGCCGAAGACACCACCGUUAAGGUCCUUGGCCUUAAAUGGGAACCCGCUUCAGACUCGUUCGUUUUUAACGUCCAACCGUCUAAUCAACCGUGUACCAAACGAACGAUUCUAAGUGAGGUCGCCAGAAUCUUCGACCCUUUGGGUUUCUUGUCUCCUUUAACAAUUCAAGCCAAAGCCCUGAUCCAAAAACUUUGGAUUCUCGGCUCUUCAUGGGAUGAAACUCCUCCUCCGGAAAUCGUUUCCCAAUGGAGCAACUUCUCUCAGCAACUUCCUCAGAUUAGGAAACUGAAAAUUCCUCGUAAAUUCACCAUCGAAGGUGCUCAAUCGUAUCAGUUGCACGGUUUUUGUGACAGUUCUGAGGUAGCGUAUGGCGCCGUCGUAUAUCUACGUGUCACCGAGUCUGAUGGCUCCGUUGGCAUCCACCUUGUUUGCGCCAAGGCGCGAGUUUGUCCCCUCCGGAAACAAUCUUUGCCGAGAUUGGAACUGUGUGCAGCAGUGCUGCUUGCUGACCUCAUCAAGUUCGUCAAGGACACGCUACGGCUGCCUGUCCACGAAACCUACCUUUGGUUUUGUGCCAACGCGCGUGGCACUGCUUCACGAUCUGAAAGCCUGUUCAUAACGGACAUCGAACGCCAUCGCGCGCUACUAGAAAUCGUCAAGUCGAAACUUAAGUUGCGACAACAGCUACCUCGUAGUCUUCGCAAACUAAAUCCGUUCCUAGACGAUCAAGAUGAUCUGCAUAUCUACAAGACGUUCCUUCCCCGAGAGGCUGAAGCUGCCAAAAACAUGUACUUGGAGCCGCUAAAAGCUGUUAUUAUAGACUUCGAGUACUGUACCAAGUGCGUAAAUACCUUAGUGUUGACAUUAGAAUAA